AGCUAAAACCAGCACAUACGGUCAAAAACAUUUUUGAAAACUUCAGAAAUGUUUCUUCUGGGAGAAUUUGGAAGGAAGCAUCUUCGAAAGCAUGUUCCUGUUUAUUCUGCUUCCUUUGCUCAUGUGCUUCGUGCAUUUCAGCUUGGAUUAUUAUAGCCAAAGAUACUUGGGUGGUAUUUUGUCUCUUACGUGAACUUGUGCUUCCUGUGUGAGAUCAUUGUGGCCAAAGUGACUUGAUUUUUCUGUUGUUGUGUCUCUUUCUUGGCUGUGGCUGCUGAUGAGCUUUGCCAUCUUUGUUUUGUUGAGCAGAAGGUCUUGUUACAGUGUACAUCAUGGGUUUAUAGUUAUAUUGCUGUUUGUAGGCUUAAUCUCUAAUUUGCCAUCUCGUUUUGUUGUUUCCCCUUUUCCCCUUUGAUGUGACUGGACUUUGCAGGUAUUUCAUCCCUGUGAUGGGUAAGGUAAAGAUGUAAUCUCCGGUACUUAAGUGAGGGGGAUAUUUAUAGCUCACAUGUUUGCACUGAAUGUUUAUCUGCACAGGGGACGCUGCAGGAAACAAAAGCUGUGGUCUGAAGCUGUGGCUGUCAGAAUAUACACAGUCCUCUGUGGAUAAAUUCUCUGUUAAAAAGUGGCCUAAGUUUCCUGAACGAACAGUUGCAAAUCCUGGGGCAAAAUGUGAGAGAGCUCUAGUACGCAGCAGUACUGCCUUUACAAAGGUUUCGCAGAUGAGUAUAGUUGGUCAGCUUGUAACUUAGUCCAGUGAACUGCAAAACGUCAAAAUAACAGAAAUAAUGAACUUCAGAUGUGCGCCAAGUCAGAGAUGAGUGAGAAGGCCAAAGACAGGGAGAUGUGUGGUCUGCAAAGUUCUCCACCCUGCCUGGGAGCAUUCCUGUAUAUCCUUAAUUGUUUUCUUUUGUUGCUGCUCCAGAAGGAGGCUCUUGGCUGUCCAGCUGCUUGCCAGCUCUGCACAGGGAGACAAGUUAGUUGUCGUAAUUCAGGGCUUUUGAGCAUCCCGCAGAACUUGCCAAAAACGACAAUUCUUGUGUACCUCAGUGGGAAUAAUAUAUCGCAUGUGGCUCCAAAUGAACUAAGAGGCCUUCAGAAGCUUGCUGCACUGUACAUGGAUAACUCCAGUAUUUUGUAUGUACACCCGAAAGCUUUUGUGGAACUCCCCAAACUGUGCUACUUGCAUUUAAAUAACAAUAAUAUUAAACGCCUGGAUCCAGGAAUCUUUGAAGGUCUUUCCAGUCUUCACUGUUUAUAUCUUCAGAAUAAUCAAAUAGCUUUUGUUCCCAGAGGAUUAUUUAGUGAUCUCCUUUCUGUUAGGUAUUUAACACUUCAAAGAAAUCGCCUCAGUGUCCUUGGAAGUGGGACUUUCUUGGGAAUGAUAAGUCUCCAAACACUUAACCUAGCCAAUAAUAAGAUUUCACGGAUAUCAGCUUCAGCAUUUCAUCACCUUGAAAAACUUUCAUAUUUGUUUCUUGAAGGUAACCACUUAACACUUGUGCCAUCAAAUGCUAUUGGAAGGCUCAAAAAUCUUGAAAGACUUUCUUUGUCUCACAAUCCCAUUGGAUCAAUACAUGCUUUUGCGUUUAAAGGACUUAACAAGCUUAGAUAUCUGUCUUUAAAGAACAUCAAGCUAAAAUGUAUUGCUGUAAAUGGAUUUUUUGGACUAAACAACCUUAGCCAGUUAAUCUUAAGUUAUAAUGAUUUAGACAAUAUAAAUUCUAGCACUUUUACUUUAUUGGACAAUUUAAUGUAUCUGCAGUUAGACAGAAAUAGAAUAACCAGUAUUGCUGAUGGUACCUUUGAAAAAAUGGGACAGUCACUUAAAAUACUCAGUUUAGCAUUUAAUAAUAUUACAGAGUUACAACCUCAAGUGCUUAAGCCCCUAGUAUCUUUAACUCAUCUACAAAUAAACUACAAUCCUUGGAACUGCAGCUGCAAAAUACUUGGGUUACUUAACUGGCUAGCAUCCUCUCCUGUUUCUGUAAAAAUUCAUUGCCAGAAUCCCCAGAGUAUGCGUGGUAGACCUUUGCAUUACAUUAAGUGGACUCAGUUUGCAAACUGUAGUAGCCCUACUGCCAGCCCAGAAACAGCCUGGAGUCUAGGAUCUGCAGGUGCCCAUCACAGUGCUACCACUUUGCUGGUGGCAUGGCAUAAGGGAAACAAGCACAAUACAUUUGAGCAGUUUGUCAAUGCAGAAACUAAAUAUGUUGCUUUCUGGGAAGGAGCUACAGCUACAUCGGCUAACGGGUUGCCCUAUGAAGAAAAUGCUGCUGAAAUUCCAUCACAAGCAACCAUAGUAUUAUCGACAUUGCCAGUGCAAAUAUCAGCACAGAUUAUGCCUGUUAACAGAACAAUAGAAGAUGGUGGCUUAUUUCCAACAGAUGCUGCUCCUGUAUCGUUAAAAACAUCCCUGUUUUGUACACAACAGGUUGAAAAGCUGAAUCAGGCUUUUGACAUUGUACUAGCCUUUUUCAUUCUGGCUUGUGCUGUGAUCCUAUUUUUAACCUGUAAAAUUAUUCAGUUUAGGCAGAAACUAAAGGUGCUUGAAAACUCUGGGGAAAAGAGAAUAGAAUAUUAUGGUUUUUAUCAGCCUGGCAGAUACAACGUAACUGACCCAGUGCAGUCUCUAACUCGGAAUUCAAUGGGGCAUUCAGAACUAGACCAAAUUAGGUUGCUCAAGCAAACACCAUCUGAAAGUCAGGCACAGGUCAUAUUGUUUGAACACUCAUCGCUGUAAUUUAUCUCAUUUGAUCUGAUGUUAACUUUACUGUGAUCUGAAAUGUCAGGAAGUCAAGAACUCAAUUUAUAAACUAUAAAUAGUUUCACUGAUUAAAAUCAACGGGUUGAUAGAAUUGUAGAAAAUUAUAUCAUUUGGGUUCUGCAUUCCUGAGUGUUUAGAAUUUUCUGUUUUAUUAGAUGUCAUUUAAAUCUGACUCGCAUAGGUAUAUUAUCCUCUGUCUCUGUUGUAGGAAUCUUUCACCUAUAACUCAAGUAUAUGUGCAGUAUAAAAUGCACAUAUAUUCUUAUUUUGCAGUACUUAAUGGUAUAAGUUUCUAUAGAAAUUCCAUAGCUAACUGGUAGCUUGAAGCAAGCAAAACAUCAGUUUUUAGCAAGAUCAUGAAGCCAAGAAAUCUGGGGAAAUGAGGAAAAAAGCAAUUCUUCAUUUAUUUAUUGUAAUGCAGUUUCUACUCUGCCUUUAUUAAUCAUCACAGUGGAAAAAAAAGUAUAUUUACAUCUAGCAUGUUCAAACUCUCGAGGGAAAGAAAAAUUUUAUAUUAUAGAAAUCUUAUUCAUACCUGUGACAUAUUUCAAAAUACAAAGUUGCAUAUUCAAUCUGUAUAAUGAAUAUAUUAAAGUGAAUUUUUUUGUUA